AUGCGUUCCGCAUGGGUGGUUCUCACCGGGCCCGUCUGCUCCUGCUUCCAACUAUACCUAGCCUUAUUCUUCAUCAUCAUCAUCGCAAUCCUCCGGCGUCACUACGACAUACCCCGCCUCCCCUACAACGAAGACACCGUCAUCUCCCUCAUCAGCGACAUCUACCGCAUCUACCUCCAACUCAACUACAUCGCCCCCUCGGAAUUCAUCUGGGCCCCCCCAGAAGGCCACCCCAUCAACCAGACUCUGUGCGAGGAACUCCCGGAUGAUAUCCCCUUUAUGCCUUUUUCCACGGCCUUUGUAUAUAUCCACGAUGAUCAAACCCGGGCUGGUCGCGAUCCGGAUCGCUGGAUGUUCGACGAGCCGAGAGUGGAUUUUCUUCUACCGCAUGAGAUUGCGCUCUGUUGUGGGACUGAUGAGGGGAUUCAUCUGAUUCUGGAUACGAAGGAGAACACCAUUCGCGCAUGGGACUUCAACGACCCACCUCCCCAAGACGAAAACGGCGACGACGACUACCGGAAACUAUAUCCCCAUCAUGCACCGACGUAUCUCGCGUCGUAA